AACUGCUACGGGAGGUAUUGUACGGACACAGUAUAUUAAUUGUUUUAUUGUUUGCUACAGUAUACUGAUACCCUACGCAGUUUCAUUUUACAGCUAAAAAAGACCAUCUUCAGACCGUUACUAUUAUUUUCACCGAGGUAGCGUUAGUUAGAAAGAGCCACGAGCCAAAUGCAUAAACAAGGCCAAACCGAAUUCCACCGACCCAAAACAUUAUGAUGGAGCAUCUCAUAACAUCUCGACGUAACAUCUCAUAUUCAUGAUCAGACCGUUCCCAUGCAGACAGCAGGUCAGCAGUUUAAGCUGCGCAUCAUAGCAUCAUCAUUUAGAGUUUUAGAGUUUUUAGAGGACAGUUGCAGAUAGACAGUUCAGGAGUAGUGUUUAAUAUAGCAAUUAUGUACAAUUGCUAUAUUAGGUUAGGAAUUUGAAAUAAAGUUGUUUUUAUGACCAAACGGUUGUAAGAGAGUUUAACUCGUUAGCGUUAUGCAGCUUAAAUGUGUUAGGACCGUUAGGGCUAGAACAAAACCACCAUUGUAAAUUCACAUCUUAAUCCACAAAUACAACCCGCACGCCAAACGGGCAAGUCGUAACUACGUAUUAAUUUACAGCGGUUCGAAAUAAUUAUACAAAACACAGCGUUGGGAUCGCUCGAGUACACUGAUCAUUCCCAAUUUGGUUUUUUACAGUGCAAUACUGAAGCAUGAAGUCGGCCACCACCCUCUAUUAUAUAUUACUAUACGUAGUAAUAGUUUUACAACGUUUCCCAAAAGAAAACAGUCCUAUCGAAAGUAUACUGGUAGCGGUUUGUGAAUAUGAUAGUCGUGUACUGUGUCCAGAAUGUUUCUCAAUGUCUCCAAUGUGUCAUAAUUUCGAUAAACUGUUUGUGCCUCAUGCAGAAAGUUUCUUCAACAAAAUCAACAGUAUUCUCAACUCACAUACGACCAGAAUGGGUACCUUUCUAAAGCCGAAUAAUUCAGCUGUUUUGAAACAUAUGAAUCGUGAGAACGCAAUGGAAAAGUUAUUAGCAGAAUUUUGUGAAUUUCAUUCACAACCAAAGCAAAACUGUACAUCAUGGAAGCGCAAUGGUAGCAUAGAGGAAGCGAAAGCAUUCAUCAAAGAUUCAAUACUAGAUACCACACGCAUUGAAGGCUGUGUCUUUUGUCCAACCAGUGGCAAUAAGCAAACAUUAGAGCGUUUUUUAGCUACAUUGAAACCGGAAGACAAUGAAUUGUGGAAUCUUCUUGCCAUCCGUACAAACGUAGAGCCGCUGCUGCUCAAACUGUUUUCGACGCGUGAUACACCUUGGUAUGUUCCAAAACUAUUGGGCACAAUCGGUUUUUCUUUCAUUGAAAGCUACGAAGGGCAGACGCUCGAACAUUUUUACGAACAUCCACUAACGACUCGCAUGUUGAUUGCAUCUAAGCUGAUAAAAGCGGCAUUUCGAUUCACCGAAGGUAUUCACGGAUUUCGUUUCUACCUCACCGACAUCAAUCCAGACAACGUUGUAGUACAUGCUGAAAACGGUGGUAAAAAUGUUCGAGUCACAAUCGUUGAUCUAAACAAUGUUAUCAUAUUGGAUAGCCUGGCUAAAACAUUUUCAACCCGUCGUGAUUCGCAUCAUGUGCACGGCAGAAUCGAAUGCAACGGAUGUUUCGCCUACGUUCAGGAAGAUAUUUGCCGUUAUCCAAACAGUGACUUGAAUUUAUUUGCAACAUGUCAGUUACUUUUAGAAAAUCUAAACGGAAACUACGCGGCAGGGCUACUUCAUAACGACCAGAGUCAUGGAUUAGAUCAACCGAUGAUGUCGCAUCGUGAUAACGUUGCGCACAUUCUACACAACCUUCUCGAAGAGUGUGUUUACUGUCAACCACCUGACUGCCGAAACAGGUCCCUUAUUCUAGAAGAUGUACUAAACAUUAUAGACCGGACAGUGCUGCAAUUGUAA